CUCUCCCGGCCACAGGGGAACUUUACAGUUCAAGACAGUUUCUUUCUGAGUUGUAAGUAGAAGUGUUUGAUGUGACUAAAGAUAUCGUAUGUACAUUAAUGACCCUCCUAUGUGCGUUAUUGUUACCUAAGCCACAGAGACGACGGGAGCAGUUAUGAGUUUACCAGCAGCAGUGAUUGGAUUUGUGGUCUUCCUUCUCUCUAUGCCAGUGGUACAGGGUCAGAGUGGCUGGGGAGUGACUUACAGCUCUACGCAGGUCUGUGCCUUAGAGGGGUCCACAGUGGAAAUACGCUGCAACUACACAUACCCUUCAACAGAAAGCCCUACAACUGAGGUCUUACAAACAGUGUGGUUUACCAGAAAGAAUGAUGAUCUGAGAACAGAUUCAGAGUAUGCAGGCCGUGUGUGGUAUCACUGUGAGGGAAACAGCUGCACUCUGAAAAUCACAGACCUGAGGAAGAGCGACUCAGCCAAGUACAUAUUCAGGUUCAUAACAAACCAACCAGGUGGAAGCUAUGCUGGUUUACCUGGAGUCAGCUUGUCUGUCACAGAUCUACAGGUGCUGCAGGUCCGUCCGAGGUCAAGUCAAAAGGGGACAGACCUGAAGUGUCACAGCAGUUGUCAACCUGAUCAAACUUCCUACAUCUGGUACAAGAAUGGGCAGAAAAUUCCGGGAGAGACGUCUUCAUAUUCAGGCCACUAUCGCUGGGCAGACAGCUACUCCUGUGCCCUGAAAGGACACGAGGAUCUUCCGUCUCCCUCAAAGUGUGUCAGUGGUCAAUCCUGCAACAGAGUGACAUGCCCUCACAGGAGCAUCUGUGCCUUCAAAGGCUCAUCAGUGGACAUUUCCUGCACGUACAGCAGUAAUGGAUACUAUGUUGAUUCAAAGUUCUGGUUCAGUCCUGAACGUAGCGGUCACUGGCUGAAUCCAUCACAGCCUGAGGACCUCAGAGGAGACUCCCAGUAUAAAGGUCGUGUUCAGGUGAUCACAGAGAGAGGACGCUCCACUCUGAGAAUCACUGACCUGACAGAGAGUGAUUCAGCUCAGUAUCACUUCAAAUUCAGAACAGGAAGCUUUGAAUGGACGAGUAGUUUACCUGGAACAACUCUGACUGUCACAGAUCCAGAUCUGCAGGUGCUCAUAAGGAAAUAUUCAAACUCUUGGUCAAAGCUGACGUGUCACAGCAGCUGUCAUCUGCCGCAUCAUUCUUCCUACAUCUGGUAUAAGAAUGGAAAGAACAUUUGGGGACAAACAUCUAAUUCUUAUUCAGAUUACUUUGAUUCUGCAAGCAGUUACUCCUGUGCUGUCAGAGGAAGUGAGGAUUUCCCCUCUCCUCCAGUAUGUGUCAGUGGUCAAUCCUGCUACAGAGUGACGUACCCUCACAGAAGCAUCUGUGCCGCCAAAGGCUCAUCGGUGGACAUUUCCUGCACGUACAGCAGUUAUGGAUACUAUGCUGUAUCAAAGUUCUGGUUCAGUCCUGAACGUAGCCGUCAGUGGCUGAAUCCAUCACAGCCUGAGGACCUCACAGGAGACUCCCAGUAUAAAGGUCAUGUUCAGGUGAUAUCAGAGAGAGGACGCUCCACUCUGAGAAUCACUGACCUGACAGAGAGUGAUUCAGUUCAGUAUCGCUUCAAAUUCAGAACAGGAAGCUUUGAAUGGACGAGUAGUUUACCUGGAACAACUCUGACUGUCACAGCUCUGCAGGUGCAGGUGACCAGAAUAAAAGUCCACCAGUUUUACACCGAGGCAGAGCUGAAGUGUCACAGCAGCUGCGGUCCAGCCGGUCGCUCUUCCUACGUCUGGUUCAAGAACGGAGAGGAAAUCAUGACGGAGGAAAGUUCGUCUUAUGAAGACCAGUUUUAUCCCGGAGACAUCAUCUCUUGUGCUUUGAAAGGACACGAGGCUUACAGCUCUCCCUCAGUGUAUGCUCUGAAUUUUCCGUCUGUGUCAGUGAGUCCCUCUGGUGAGAUAGUGGAGGGCAGCUCAGUGACUCUGACCUGCAGCAGUGAUGCUAACCCAGCAGCUAAUUACACCUGGUACAAGGAGAAUGUGAACCUCAAAUCUCUCAGUGAAGAAGCACAGCUUGUCUUAACGUCCAUCCAGUCCUCUGACUCUGGAGAGUAUUACUGUGCAGCUGAGAACGAGCUGGGGAGGAGAACAUCUCAGUACAUCUCUAUUAAUGUGAAAUAUGCUCCAAAAACCUCCUCUGUGUCAGUGAGUCCCUCUGGUGAGAUAGUGGAGGGCAGCUCAGUGAACCUGACCUGCAGCAGUGAUGCUAACCCAGCAGCUAAUUAUGCCUGGUACAGAGGGAACCAAACACUGAUCCAAGGACCCCAAGGACGUUAUCACUUCACCUCCAUCACCUCGAAGGACAGAGGAAGCUACUCCUGCAAGUCUAAGAAUCAACACGGCCAGUUAGGCCCCAAGUCUGUAUUCAUAGAUGUCCAGUAUGCUCCAAAGCUUCCCUCUGUGUCACUGAGUCCCUCUGGUGAGAUAGUGGAGGGCAGUUCAGUGAAUCUGAGCUGCAGCAGUGAUGCUAACCCAGCAGCUAAUUAUACCUGGUACAAGGAGAAUGAAGACUCACCAAAAGCAUCAGGAGAGAUCUUCACCAUCACUGAUUUCAGAGCUGAACACAGUGGGAAUUAUUACUGUGAAGCCCAGAACAGGAGAGGACAUCACAACUCCACCUUGCACCUGCUUGUUGUGGCAGGAGCUUGGAAAGCAACAGCUGGUGGAAUAUCCACUGCUGGUGCCCUCGCUGUCACACUCCUCUUGGCCUUUUUGAUUAGAAGAAAGAGGGUUUCCAAGCAAUCGUCUGAGCCUGGAGAGAGACCAGGCAACAGGGAAGAGAGACAGCCAGAGGACCAGCAGGAUGACCUUCACUAUGCCAGUGUCCAUUUCUCCAAGAAGCACUCAGAUCCUCUCUACUCCAACAUCAGACCCAAGGACGAGGAGGAAGACAUCGUUGUUUACACUGCCAUCAGAUUUAAAAGUGGCAACACUGCUACAAGAGAUCAGACGUCAGCUGAGGAGGAUUCAACUGCAUUGUACAGCACAAUCAACAAAACCUGCUGAACACGAGGGGAAUCUCGAGCCUGGUAUUUAUAUUAAAUAGGUUGGUUUAUUUGAGCAGACAAACUAUAUUUCCUAUGACAGACCAGUCACAGGGAAUGCAGCAUCGAGACAAGCAUACUUUGUUAUGCACAUUUAAAUGUACAAACUUAAACUAGUCUAUAAAAGCUAUAAUACCCCUGAGGGGCUGUUUGGUGUGCCUCUGUUACUUUUUUGGAUUCUUCUUCCUCAUUCUUAUUAUAGCAUCACAGUAGAAAUACUUUACGGGUAUGUCUCUAUAUCUAGCUCUCCUUUCGGUUCUUUUUUCCACAGUGAAAACACAACUUGUUUUAUGCCCUUAUUUUGCCGGCUGGGUUGAAAUGAUCAUUGAAUCUUCACAAUUAUUUGGCAGCUUUGCACCAAAAUGGCACAGGAGCGUGGCGUGCAGCUCAGACACCUCUACAGCCUGCAGCCGUUGACCGACAGUUCAUACGCAGUGUCACUGAGGCUCUUGCAUUUAGCUUGCAGGCUGGGGUUGCUGGAGCACUCUGCCGGCGAAGGCCAGCGUUCCACCCAGGUGUCCUUCCCGAACAUGUAGAUGAAUCUGACAGACAGGAAGCAAAAAGGUUAGGAUGCAUCUUUCAUGGCAGUCAUUUUAAGAAUAUCCCUGUUGUAAUUAACCCUGUUGAGACUAACUGUAAGCCAGAAUAUUUGAGGUUUUCUUCUUCUGACAGGAAAAUACAAAUGAAGCAGCCUUUUUAAGUCAGUGCAGUCACACAGUAAUGAAAAGCACUUCUUAGAUAGAGUUUCUGUUCUGCAAGCAAAGCAAUUUUUCUAUUUUGGUAUCUUAUAUGCACGGCGGCUGGAAAAGAUAGAUCAUCCAUGUAUAGUCAGAACCUCAAACUGUCUGUUGCACUGCCAGUAAAUCCUGACCUCACAGAACUGCCA